AUGGCCAUGGCCGUCGACAACCGUCAACAAUCCCAGCUUGCUGGUAUGGGUUACGAUGCACUGCGUUACCCAGCACCACCGCACUUCACCAACCCGUGGGCGUCGGCUCCUGGUGCUACACAGCAACUGUACUCAACCUCGCUCGCUCCCACUUCGGCCGGACUCGAGCCGUCUCAGCCUCGCCCUACCAGCAUUGCGAUCCCGUACCAUGGUAUCCCAGUAACGGCCGCUCCUCUUGGACAAGGUAUUGCCCUCCCGGAAGGUCCUUUCGCGACAGAACACUUACUCGAUGCCUCGCAAGAUCUCAUGUCAAGGAGCUACACAGGUGGAUAUGCCACAUCGGCUUCUCCAAACAACCAAACGUAUGCACCCACUUCGGCUCCUUAUUCUCAGGUGGAAUAUGGCACACAAGACCGGGUACCCUACACAUAUCAGGAUGCUUCCCGUCGCUCUUCACACCCGUCAGUCCCCUCCACAGCGCUCUAUGAAUACCCCAUGGACACUCCGCGACAACGCCAAAGUUCACUUGUUGACUUUAGCAGAAUGAACGCGCCGCAGCAAGCUCCCCGAAAUAGCUUCAGCGACGCCCUCGAUGCCAGCCGCGGUAUGGUCUCCUUGAGCCAGUCCGACAUCACCCCGAGGAACAUCUACGGUGCUCAAGGAUCGAGCCGCAGCUCGACCGACUCAUACGGCUUCCCUUCGACACACUCGGCGCACUCGUCCAUCUCGUCUGCCAGCUACGGCGCCAACGGUUACUACGGCGGCGAGGGCUCCGUUACCGACUACAGCUCUGCCUCUGAGUCUGUCGACCUUUCCCACUCGAGGACUCUGCCCCGCCCCAGCGCGCUAUUGGGAGCAUCCAUGCCCCCUGCGCCGCAAUCAAUGAUGGGCCAGUUCAGUUCCAAGGUCUCGUCAAGCUCGCAGAAGAAGCACAAGUGCAAGAUUUGCGACAAGCGCUUCACUCGUCCCAGCUCGCUGCAGACGCACAUGUAUAGCCACACCGGCGAGAAGCCUUUCGCUUGUGAGGUCGAGGGCUGCGGCCGCCACUUCUCUGUUGUCUCCAACCUGAGGAGGCAUCGCAAAGUACACAAGAACGACGGAGCCGAGGACCACCCAUCGCCAGACGACGCCUGA